UUGGUAUACACCACACCUUUACUUCACGACAACAGUGUUACACUCAUAAAGACUCGUGAUUGAUCUACUUUAAAAACUCACUGGAAGCUCAAAAUGAAGAUCUACUAUGUUGUGUAUAUCUGGAUGUUUCUGACAGGUCAGUACUCUAUGUUUAUAAGACUGACGUUCAGGUCGGCAGUUUGCACGCACCUUCUGUGUUUCAAUUGUUAUUAUUGAGAAGAUUUUGUUAAUAAUGCAGCAUGGAGCUAUAGGUUUUGGGUAAAAUCAUCAGCAGGGGUGAAGAAAUCCACAAUAUUAUCUUUGCUUCUCAGAUAAAUUAUGAAUAUGCUGCAUCUUAUUACUUUUGUGUUAAAGGGUAACCACAUGCAUACAGCAAGUGUGAAAGACAGGAAGUGGUCAUCAGGGUGCGAGUUGUUCACAGUUAAUAUCAUUGCAGACUUUGAAGGGGUCUUAUCAAAUGUCACAUGUUUUUAAGCUUUAUGAAAUUUGAUUAUUAAUGAUUUUAUGUAUGAUUAUAAAAUGAAAACAUCUGUAUAUUGUCCCUUCUAAAGGUCCAUUCACGCUAUGGACGAUAAUAUCUGAGUUCACAGAAGGUGAAAAAAGAUUCAGCACUGUAUAAACAAACCUUUAUUUCAAAUAAAUAUCUGGAUAUCUGGAAAACAAUUGAUUUUACCGUUGAAAUGCCUGGUAAUUGAAUGCUCUAUCAUGGCCUCAUAAUCCAACACUAAUCACACUGUCAGGGUAAAUAACUGCCACAUUGUGUAUUGUUUGAAAUAGAUAAUGUGCCUGACUCUCUUUCAUUAUUUUAUUCCAGAAACUAGAGUUUUAUGUACAAAUGAGAUUAGGAUAAAUGGAUAUAGUGGAAAAUAUGCCAACUUUUCAUGUCCACAUAGCUGGGCUUCAAACAAUAAAAAGUAUUUCUGCAGAGAUCCAUGUGAUGAUACUGAUAUUCUAGUAUCAUCCGAUCGGUCACCAAACGGGAGAUUCAGACUGGAGGAUUUUGGGAAUGGAGUGUUCACAGUGACCAUCACUGAUCUACAGGAGUCAGACUCUGGGAUUUACUGGUGUGGAGUGAGCAGAGUUGGUAAAGACACAUAUCACAAGGUCAAUCUAAGAGUAUCUAAAGCCAUUACACCUACUUCAACGAUAUUAGACACAACGCAUCCAUUUUCAACACCACAACCAGGAACUCCAUUUGCCACAUCAAGCAGAACCUCCAGAUCCACAACCCCUGAUGACAUCACAACCUCAUCAUCAAUGACAGUGGCUGUAAACAUCUCACUGUAUGCUGUUGGUGGUCUGGUUGCAGUCAUCAUACUUUUAUGUGUAUUAGUUGCUGUUCAUCAGUACCGGAAGAGAAUCAACAGAAAUGCAGACCAUGUUCCCAGGACAUCCAUCAAACACAAUGAUUAUACAGUCUACAGAGGCACGCAGAAAAGCAAACAGAUCAAAUCUAAGAAGUUGAACCCUAAAGUACCAAAGAGCAACAAACUUUUAGUCUAUGAGAAUUUAAUGCUCAACACAGGCCAAGCAGAUGACAUCUAUCAAAAUCUUUGAAUGCAGCACCAGACAUUCAAAGCACAGUACAAGACUAAGAAUAGUCUCUCAAUUGCUGUUACCGAUUUUGGACUAUGCAGAUGUUAUAUAUGCUAAUACAACUGCUACCAACUUACACUCUCUUGACGUGUUAUAUAACAUCUUGUGCAGAUUUGUUCUUCGCUGCCCCUAUAGGACGCAUCACUGUGUGAAGUAUGAACAGUUGUCCUGGCUUGCACCCUCAGCCAGAAGACAAUAUCAUUGGUUUCAGUCCAUUUUUAAAUGUAUCUACUUUCAAUAUCCAUAUUAUUUAUCGCAAUAUUUAGUGCCUUACAGCUCACAAUAUGGCCUUCGUCAUAAUGAACUCUUUUUUUAUUGUCCCUAGAAUUAAGAGAGAAAUUGGGAAAUAUGCAUUCUGUUUUAGAGCUCCUCAUGAUUGGAACACACUUCCUGAAUUCAUUCGCUUGCUUACGUCUUUUCCUCGGUUCCGCACUGCUUUGUUAACAUACCUCCAGAAUUCUUGUCAAUGUUUCUAGUUUCUCAGAUUUAGCAUUGAUAUGUGUCAUGUUAUGUAUCAGUGUGUAUAUGUAUGUUUUUGAUUAUAAAAGUACACUUUGUUAGUAAUAUCUGGGAUUAUUGUGUUUGUAAAAUGUUUCUUUGGCUGUUUGGAAAUAUAUUCCAUGUGAUGGGGAUAUUGAGAGCUUG